AUGGCUUCCCUCGGCGGCACCCUCUUGUCGACCCGCUUUUUCACCCGCCGCAUCGUCUUCGCCCUCGUCUCCAGAUUCGCCGACCGCCGCUUCGCCUUCGCCUUCGCCGCCGUCUCCGUCCUCGCCGCAAAGCUUGUCCACGUCUACGCCCAUCUCGAUGCCAUCCCCGCCCCUGAUCUGAUACAAUGGGGCAGCUCCUUCUUUGCCCAGGACACCCUUUUCCUCGUCGCCCUGCGGCUGCUCCUCGACGCCCAGUUGCACGUCUCAGCGCGAUGGCUGCGCCUCGCGGCAAAGGUGCUCGCCUCCGUCCUCGUCGGCUUCGUCGCCCUCACCGCAACCAUUAGCAUCUCCUUCUUCUUCGUCGCCGGCCUCGAGCUCCACUGGCGCAACAUUGGCACCGCCGGCGACUCCUCGGCCUGGCGCAUGCUGCUGACGGGCCUCGUGUCCUUUGUCGUCGUCCUCGCCGGCAUGGUCGUCCUCGCCGGCGUCGUCCAUGGCCUCUGCUAUCUGCUCGCCGGCAUGGCCCUCGACAUCCUCAAGUGGCCCCUCUCGCUGUUACCCAUCCACCGCUCCUCGUCCGCCUCGUACGACACCGAGUACAAGCACCUCCCGCAGCAGGACGCAGACGGCGCCGCCGAGCAGGCAUUUGCCGUCGAUGAUUCGCCCGACGUCGGCGCCCCGGACGCGCCCCCGUUGCCCUCCAAACAGGUCAUGCUUGUUCUGUACCUGACCCUCGGCCUCGUCCUGCUCGUCCAGCUCGUCACCUCCGUCUUCCGACCCUCCGAGAGCUCCUUUGUCUUCAUGUCCUGGACCCUGCCCUUGCUGCCCUUUGUCGACUUUACCCACUCGUCGCCCUCGCUGGCCCGCCUGCUCGCCACCCCCGGCUCCGAAAGCGCCAGCGUCGACUGGGACAACCGCACCGCCCUCGCCGAGCCCCCUUCGUUCCCCUGGCUACCCAUGGACCGGCCGCUCCCUGGCUUUGAGGACUGGUACGGGCACGGCACCAAGCACUACAGCGGCGACAAGGACCCGCUGAGGAUUUCCAACCUCGACGACCAGCUGCUGCCUGCUCUGCGUGACACGCUACGCGACAUUGACAUUCGCCACGUUGUGCUCAUCAAGCUCGAGGCCACGAGGAAGGAUGUUUUUCCCAUCAAGAAGAACGGUCUAAUUUGGGACAAGCUGAGCAACUCGUUCAAGUCCAAGUCGCUGCCCGCCGACGCGCAGAAGCGCUUCGCCACGCUCACGUCGACGGCAAACUUCCUCACGGGCGACUACGACGACGGCUUCGAGCACAAGGACCGGCCCCGGCGCGGCGGCCUCAACUUCAACAAUGCGCACACCAGCAGCACCUACACGCUCAAGAGCCUGACGGGCACCAUCUGCGGCCUCACCCCCCUCAUUGCCGACUUCAAUCUUGAGCUGAGCAACCACAUCUACCAGCCGUGCUUGCCGCACAUUUUUGAGGCAUUCAACGCGCUGGCCCACAACGACAGCACAAAGGCCGCCGCACAAGACGACUUUACCACCUUUAAGUGGAAAUCGUCGUUUAUGCAGUCCGUCACUAACACUUUCGACAAGCAAGGCGCCCUUAUGCCCACAAUGGGGUUCUCCAAGGACCGCAUCAUCACAAAGGAGUACCUCAAGAGCGACUCUGCCAAGUUUGGCGCCUCCAACCACACCGACAUCAAUUACUUUGGCUUGCCCGAAAUCGCCCUCGAGGAAUACAUUCGGGACGAGUUUGCGUCGGCCAAGAAGAACAACGAGCGAGUCUUUCUUACCCACCUGACGAGCACCACCCACCACGACUUCAGCCUGCCCAAGGGCGAGCAGUACGUCUCGCUGACGGACGAGAAGGACCUCGAGGACCUCUCCCGCUACACCAACGUUGUUGGCUACGUCGACCGCUGGCUGGGCCGAGUCCUCAACAUCCUCGAAUCCGAGGGUGCCGCCAACGAUACCCUGGUCGUCUUUCUAGGCGACCACGGGCUGUCGAUUGCGGAGCAGGGAAGCGUUUCGACGUACGCCAACGGCAACAUUGGCAAUUUCCAUGUGCCCCUUGUCAUCUCUCACCCGAAAUUGCCGCACAUUGAUGUCAACGACGCCGUCAUCUCGGUUCAGGUGCUGCCCACAAUCCUCGACCUCCUCCUGGCGAGCGGUUCCCUGUCGCAGUCGGAAAGCCAGGCAGCCCACGAUCUGGUCCGCAAUUACGAGGGCCAGUCUUUCAUCCGGCCUGCGCGCCUCUUUCCCGACGACAAGGCCCAGGGCAGCUGGCAGUUUUCGCUCAUCAACCCGGGCGGCGCCAUGCUCGCUGUGCGCGAUGCCCGGCGGCCAGACUGGCGCCUGAUUGUGCCCAUAGUCGACAACACCGAGUGGCGCUUCACCGACCUGGCUUUGGAUCCUCACGAGACCAACACGACCGUGUCGUUUGACUUCAACACGCUCUACAAGAAGCUGGUAAGGGGGCACAGCAUUGAGGCCGCCAAGUGGGCGAGCGAGGCUGCCGUCGUGACCAGUUGGCUGGUCGAGGAAAACACCCGGCGCUGGCGCUACAAGCAAGGGUGA